GUUCCAUUUUCACUUGUGCUGGGAUCUUGAUUUUGCUUUUCUGCUUCAAAAUAAAGAUUUCCUGGCACAAAUGCCUCAGUUUUUGGGAAUCAAAAGCUGAGGAUCACCGGAAAAUUGAAGCAUUUCUGAAUAACCAUGGGUCAUAUGCUCCAAAGAGAUACAACUAUUCAGAGGUCAAAAAGAUAACCAGUUGCUUCAAAAACAAACUUGGUCAAGGAGGAUUUGGUAUUGUAUACGGAGGAAGUUUGGAUAAUGGGAGUCAAGUGGCAGUGAAGGUCCUGAAUGAACUAAAUGGCAGUGGUGAAGAAUUCAUUAACGAGGUGGAAAGUAUUAGCAGGACAUCACAUGUCAACAUUGUGAGCCUUGUGGGAUUUUGUUUUGAGGGACGCAAAAGAGCUCUCGUAUAUGAAUUCAUGCCGAACGGAUCACUUGAAAAGUUUAUCUACGAAGAAAGAUCCGAAAAUGUUCGCCAAUUGGGUUGGCCAAUAUUGUACAAAAUUGCACUAGGCAUAGCUCGAGGAUUGGAGUACUUGCAUCGUGGUUGUAUCACUCGGAUAUUGCAUUUUGAUAUAAAACCUCAUAAUAUCCUCCUUGAUGAAGAUUUUUGUCCUAAGAUCUCCGACUUUGGUCUUGCCAAACUUUGUGUUAAAAAGGAGAGCAUUGUAUCAAUGUUAGGUGCACGAGGAACCAGCGGUUAUAUCGCUCCAGAAAUUGUUUGCAGAAAUUUGGGAGGUGUCUCUCACAAGUCUGACGUCUAUAGCUACGGAAUGAUGGUCCUAGAGAUGGUUGGAGGAAGAAAAAAUGUUGACGCUGGAGCUGAUCGCACGAGUGAGAUCUAC